UCACGCAGCAGCAGGCCAGCGGGCGGAUAGCUCACGCGUUUAGUUUCGCCCCAGAACCGCACCAAGACGGUCACCCUUAUUGAGCAGAAACCGCAGAACGAACGAAGCUCCAGAUGGCCCCAUCGGCAGUAAGCAUGGUAUUUACGGUGGAGAACGCCAAAACGGUUGGUGCGUUGGAAAAGGGACAGAAACCGCCGGGCGGGCAUAGCUUUGACGAGGCGCUGGAGCUGGCCGGAUUCGGGCGUGUACAGAUCGUCCUCUCGAUUCUGGCCGGACUCGGCAUGAUGGCAUCGAUCAACGAAGCGAUGGGCAUGAGCAUCAUUCUCCCCGCCUCUCAGUGCGAUCUCGAUCUGGACGCUGGCGAGAAGGGUAUAGUUGGAGGUGCUGUGUUUCUAGGUACAAUGUGUUCGUCCUACUUCUGGGGCUAUCUGGCUGAUACGAGGGGCCGACAGCUGAUCUUGAAGUACGCACUGUUUGCGACCUCGUUCUUCGGUGCGAUCUCCUGUCUGGCGACUGGAUUCACGUCGCUGCUGGUGCUCCGGUUUCUAACAGGUGUCUGUGUUGCUGCGCCUGCCUCUACGGUGUACGCUUAUCUGGGCGAGUUCACCACUCCGAGCAGACGGAGUCAGAUGCUGUCGUUUGCUUCCGUUUGGGGAGGUGUCGGAAUCGUUUACGUAUCAUUGGUCGGAUGGUGGAUACUCUCGUACGAUUGGGUGUUGACUAUCUCCGACUCGUUUGAGUUUAAGCCAUGGCGUUUGCUGUUUAUCAUCAACACGAUGCCCGGCUUCUUGAAUGGCAUCGCAUUCUGCUUCUGUCCCGAAAGUCCCAAAUUCCUUGUCUCACAAGGCCGAAAUGAGGAAGCACUCGAAAUACUGAAGAAGGUCUAUAAGCUCAACAAGGGCACUGACAGCACCGAUGGCUAUGAAGUGACGUCACUGCGACUUGAUCCGGAAGAUGCGAUCGCCCGAGAGCAGAGUGAAAACGGUUCUGGAGGACUGCUGAAAUCGAUGGUCCAGCAGACUCUACCGAUCGUGAAGCUGCCCUACCUGGUGUACUUCAUCAUCUGCUGCGUACACAACAUUGGAGCGUUUGCAAUAUACGGUGGACUAGGGCUGUGGUUCCCGGAGAUUAUGAACCAAGUAUUCUCGCAGGACGCCACACAGAUCGAACGAAAAGUUUGCGCCAUACUGCAGCGUAACGAAACCCUACCCGUCACCUCGGACGUCGUGCUCUGCGACGAUGAGGUGAAGAUCGAAACAUUCCUCUACACACUGCUGCUGGGCAUAAUUGGGUGCAUAUACGCGCUCAUCACCUCGGCUGUACUGGGCCGAAUCGAUCAGAAGGUCAUGAUGGUCUUCAACUGCAUCGUGGCCGGUGUGUCCGGUAUUGCGCUACAGUUCAUCACGAACGCGUAUGCCGUGGCAAUCCUGUUCUGUCUCGAGAUAGUGUUCGCCGGGUACUGUGUGCUGCUGGUGAACGCAAACGUGGUGGCCAUCUUUCCCACGAACGUAAGGGCGAUGGCCGUUGCUCUAACGAACAUGAUUGGGCGAUUGAGCUGCUUCGUAGCGAGUGCUGUAAUAGGGCUACUGAUCCUACAAAACUGUCCAGUCACGUUUUACAUGCUGUCCGGGUUGCUGUUUCUAUGUGCGGGUCUUACAUUCCUGUUGCCAAAAAAGUGACACCGUACGCGCACGCACACAUUAAAGACGAAAGGGGGAGAAUGCUAGCCAAGGCGAACUUGCUAGUUUAAGGUGCCAUGUACUUAAUCACAUUAUCAUUAUGUAAAUAAAUCUUCCACACAUUCCAAAGUUCA